CAAAAUGAGAGGCGUUGUUAGACAGUACGUGAGAUCCAAAACGCCGCGUUUAAGAUGGACUCCUCAACUCCAUAACUCCUUCCUUCUUGCCAUACAAUCCCUCGGUGGCCAUCAAAAGGCAACCCCCAAGCUUCUACUUCAGCUGAUGGAUGUGAAAGGUGUCUCCAUAUCCCAUGUUAAGAGCCAUCUCCAGAUGUAUAGAAGCAUGAGAGGCGAGGACGUGAGAAGACAUGCUGAGCCAAAAGCUGGAGGUGGAGAAGGAAUGAUGAGGAAAAGGAGCACCGCAGCCAAGGAAUAUACGGGACAAUAUCAAAUCCCGUAUGCAUAUCAUUAUAACGUGCACCACCCCAUGCCCAACCACAUUCUUACUACAAACAUGCAUCAUGCCACCUCGCCUUUCUCUCUCCCACUUUCACAGCUGACAAAUGAAGAGGAACAAAAGCAUAAGCCCAUGGGACGUCCUAAACACACUAGGGAUGGAGGAAGAGUGGUAAAGAAACAGGACCGAGAAGAAGGCCAACAUAAGGAUUUUGAUCAACUCUCAUUGUCUCUUUCUCUACAACCAACUAACCCUCCCAUUCCUUCGCUUUCCUCUUCUUCUUUAACCUCUCUCGACAAAAGUUUACCGAUUCAGAAACACCAAGAAAUUGAUUUGGACUUAUCGAUAUCACUUUGCCCGAACUACCAAGGAUAA